CCGGACGCGCGGCCGCUUCCCGGCGGCAGCAUGGAGGGGGUGGAGGCGUACGGCUUCUCGGCCGCCAUGAGCGGCGCCUUCCUGCUCUCGUCGCUGCUCUUCGCCGCCGUCAACCGCCGCCUGCGGGAGCCCUACAUGGACGAGGUUUUCCACGUCCCGCAGGCGCAGGCCUACUGCCAGGGCCGCUUCCUGCAGUGGGAUCCCAUGAUCACCACCCCCCCGGGUCUGUACCUGCUGUCGGUUGGCGUGGUGAAGCCAGCAGCCUGGCUCUUUGGCUGGACGGGCAGCAUGGUGUGUUCCACCGGCAUGCUCAGGUUCAUCAACCUCCUCAUCAGCGCUGGCAACUUCUACCUGCUGUACUUGCUUCUGCUGAAGAUCCAUCAGAAAAAUAAGGCUGUGUCAGGUUUCCAGAGAAUCUUGUCUUCAUUAACUCUUGCAACAUUUCCCACCCUUUAUUUUUUUACAUUUCUUUAUUAUACGGACACAGGAUCGGUAUUUUUUACUCUCUUUGCAUAUUUAAUGUGCCUUUAUGGUAACCAUAAAGCUUCAGCUCUGCUUGGAUUUUGUGCUUUCAUGUUUCGUCAGACAAAUAUCGUGUGGACAGUUUUUUGUGCUGGAAAUGUUGUUGCAGAAAAGUUAAAUGAAGCCUGGAAGACAGAGCUACUGAAAAAGAAAGAUGAAAGGAUCUCUUCCAUGAGAACAUCAUUUUCCGAUCUGACCUUAAUCACGCGAUUUCUUAUUGAAUAUCUCAUAUCUCCUAAAAACUUAAUUACACUGAUUGCUUUGACAUGGCCAUACAUUGUAUUAGUAACUGCGUUCUUUGUUUUUGUCUUCGUCAAUGGUGGAAUAGUUGUUGGUGACAGAAGUAGCCAUGAAGCCUGCUUGCACUUCCCCCAGCUGUUCUAUUUUUUGUCCUUUACUCUCUUUUUUUCCUUCCCUCAUUUACUGACCCCUACUAAAAUCAGGAAAUUCCUGCAGUCGUUGCGAAGGCACCGUGUGCAGUACAUCCUAAUCACUGCCAUCUCUUUGUUCUUGAUUUGGAACUUUACCUAUGUUCAUAAGUAUUUGCUAGCAGAUAAUAGACAUUACACAUUCUAUGUCUGGAGAAAAAUCUUCCAAAGACAUGAGCUUGUAAAAUAUGUGUUAGUUCCAGCCUAUAUAUUUGCUGGCUGGAGUUUUGUUGAUACAAUAAAAUCAAAAUCGAUAUUCUGGAUCUUAAUGUAUUUUGUAUGUUUAUUAUCAGUCACAGUUCCCCAGAAGCUGUUAGAGUUCCGUUACUUUAUUUUGCCAUUCUUAAUAUACAGGCUCAAUAUUCCAUUCCCACCCGUUUAUAGACAACUUGUUGAGUUGGCUUUUUACAUUGUUGUGAAUGCAGCAACAUUUUAUCUUUUCCUAAACAAAACAUUCCAGUGGCCGAAUAGUGUAGAAAUCCAGAGGUUUAUGUGGUGACUUUUUUUAACCUUUGUACCCUAAUGGAAAGCCAAUUCUGUUUCAGAACUGUGGGCUCUGGAACAAAGUACCAUGUUUUGUAUUAUAUAUGGACUAUUUUUUUCCCCAGAGGACUGGAGAAGGAAUGAAGUUGCUUACGUUCUUGGAACUGAAUGUGAUAUGUUAUAAUGUGCAGAUAUUGAAUUUCUGAACUCCUAGAAUUCAUUUGGUAGGAGAUGAAAUUUGGGAACACUUAGCAGUAAUUAAUGUGAAACAUGGGAGAUGUUUACAGCCAUUAUUCAUUAUAAUAUAUUAUCUAAUGUACUUCAAGAUAUGAUAGUUUCUGUUUCAGAGGUUUGUCUUUAAAACAGCAUGUCUAAUUGGGAUGCAUAUUUCCUCUUUGAAACAGGCUGCUUCCAUGUAUGCCUGCUAAAAGUCAAGGUAUGAAGCACUGCUCAGUGAUAAUGUUUUCAAAAACACCUACAUCCUACAACCUACUGAAUUUUCUGGAUUUUUUUUUCUUUGGUCAAUAAAUGCUUACAUGAGUUUUGCAAA